AUGGUGGCCUUUUACAUCUUUGCUGGCACGGAGAUGCUCUUCUCUUUCUUCCUGUCGUACGGCAGCACAUCGUCAGCUAACGCGGCCAUCACACUCUGCUGCUACCUCCGUUUGGAGCUGCUCGCCGGCGAGCGUAACGCCGCGUCCCUGCAUCUGCGAUGCCUUCGUGCAUGGCCAAGCCUCUCAGGCUUGGAAGCCAUCAAGUGCAGCACGUCUCCAUCUUUGAUACGAUCCAAUCAGCAGCGUAUAUGGUAUCUGUGCUUGUUUAAACAAACCUUGCUCCUCUUCGGUGAGAAAACCCGCAUCAGCGUCGCCACAUCAGUGCGCCCUGUCAGCAUCUCCCUGGCCCGCUUGUCAGCCCCUUGGGCUAGCUCUCUCGUCGCAUCUGCUUCUUCCCGGAUAGGAUUGCGAAGUGGUGUGGUGAGAUACGACAAGUUCUCCGGAUGUUCCUCGGCAAGCUUUAACAGGUAUGAAGAUAUGUUCGAUGAAGACGACGCUAGCAAGGUUACCCUUCCGGCUUGGCCUGGGCAGGGUUAUGGACGCCAUCGUUUAUCUUCAGGACUCUUAGUCCAAUUUGUAUCUUGUCCGUACUCGGAUGUAUUUGAUCUUCUGUAGGAUUUGGAUCUUUGUAUGCACCUAUUUGUAUCUUGACUCGUUGGAGUCGUUGUUGUAAUAUAUAUGUCUCUUGUGGGCUCUAUUGUAAUCCUGUUGUAAUGUUACCGCUCGUGAUUGAUUCCACCCGCAUCGCGUGCAUGCUUCGGCGUGUACGAGGCGCUUGGUGGUGCGUCUCCUAAAAUCGAUAUCGUGCGGAUUUCGGCGGAUUCGCUGGGAUCCUCAUGGUACCGGUUUUGGGGCGUCACAAG